AUGUUUUCUUAAGAAAAUACCUGCUAUAGAAGCUAAAAGAUUGAUUACAGAGAUGCAUCUCCAGAAUGACUUAAAUUGGUUUCUCCCAUUGACCUCCAAGCCGAAAGAUACAUGCCAUUUAUGAUUCGAGUUCCCUUUUACCAAACACCCUUCUCGGUUUCCUCUCUCUCUCUCUCUCUCUCUGCUGUUCUUGUUCUCGUGGUGGGGCGUGACUCCUUUUGGUCGAGCAAUGCUUGUCACCUACUCAUUUUUAGCUCCCACUUCCCGUCCUUCCUUCUCUUACUUGUUAAGAAGAAUGAUCGAGUGAGUGCGCAAGAAAACCUUUGCCGUUUAGUAGUUGAUUCGAUGGACAGGCACACCUGCAAUCUCUGCUUCCGCCGCUUCUCCAACGGCCGCGCUCUCGGGGGGCACAUGCGCUCGCACUUCAUCGCCGCCGCCCCUCUGGCUAGGCCGCGCUCACACGGCUACUCUUCGGACUCCACCUCCUCCGCCCAACGUGCGGCGGAGCGUGCAGUCGAGGAGGAGGAGGUGGUGGUGGAGAUGGAGAAGGAGGUGGGACUCUGUUACGGCCUCCGCAUGAAUCCCCGGAAGAGCUUCCGGCUCGUGGAUCCCGAGUUCUCCUCUUCCACCUUCGCGGCUGUGGAGGCAGCCGGCUCCUGCGACGUCGUGCAGGACGGGGAGAGCGAGACCGAGUCCCCCCGCGGCCAGCGCCUCCCGACGAAGCGCCCCUGCAGGGCCACCGCCCCUCCGCUGGAUCAGCCGGAGGGGGAGCCGAUGAGCUCCGUCUCGGACGCGACCCCUGAGGAGGACAUCGCCCUCUGCCUCAUGAUGCUCUCCCGCGACUCCUGGACCGCUACGGUGGAGGAUCGCCCGUUGGACGGCUCCGAUGACGAGGACACCCGCCGCCCCGCCGCCCGAUCGCGGCCCCCGCCAAGGAAGGGGCGAAGUCGAUACCAGUGCAGCGCGUGUAAGAAGGUGUUCCGGUCGUACCAAGCUCUCGGCGGCCACCGAGCAAGCCACAAGAGGACCAACGGCUGCCGCCCGGUCACCGAGCCCCGGAUCAACAGCGAAGCCGACUCCGUCGACGCCAAUGCCGAUGCCAAGGUCCACGAGUGCCCCUUGUGCUUCAGGGUCUUCAGCUCCGGCCAAGCUCUUGGCAGCCACAAGCGGUCGCACUUGACGUCCUCCGCCACGACCGUCGCCGGCAACUCGCCGUUGGCAACCCCUCCGCCGCCAUGCUCUCCGCCGAGCACGUCCCCUGUCCCCGCCACCACCAAGCACGGAGGCAACUUCGGUCUUAUCGAUCUCAACUUGCCAGCGCCAGAGGAAGACGACGCCGAGCUGUCGGCCGUCGAAAGCACGCAAUCUGUACCCACACAGCCGGCACGUCGAAAGCAUGCAAUCUGAGCAGGCCUUCUAACACCGGAGCAUGCGAUACCCAAGUCCAAACUCCAAAGCAGAGGUAAGACUCUCAGAGACAAAGAAGCACAAAAAAGGUAGCCCCUUUGAAGUAAAUUAUGCAGCAUCAAAUCCUUUUCCUUCCGCACUGAUAUCGGAUAAAGCUGGUGACUUGAUGAUUUUGUUUGUAUGAUUCUGCUCCUCUUUGCUUCUGCUGACAUAAGUUCACAGGUUUCUUGUGGUGUUCAAGUUGCAGCUGUUGCUUACUGUAACAGCUGAUGAACAGUAGGUGACAUCAAUGGCUUUCAGCAACUGCUUCAAUAAAAUUAGAAUCAAUUCUUCUUCUUCUUCU